ACUGAACUUCCUUCAUCUUCAAUUCUUGUCAUGGAAACAGGAGGUCGCUCUGCGAGAAAUGAUCUUUUCCAGGAGCUCAAACCUCGCUGUGUCGAGCUCAGCCAACUCGCGCUCCGAGAUGAUGGCAGCGCUACCAGUGCCAAGUCCUUGACGGAAUCCACGAAAAAACUCCUGGAAACACUACAACAGAAAUGUCAGCGCACCGACGGAGUGUUUGACGACAAAUUGGCCGACUACGUUUUCUUCCCGCUUUCACAGAUCCUCCGACGGAAACAAAAGUACACAGACAGCCUUUCCGAGUUGACUAUAAAAUGCCUGAGAGUUCUGCUGGAAUAUGGAUGGAGAACCAGGAUUUCUUUGGACCUUGCUAAACAACUUCUCAUACUCCUCACAUUUGUUGCUGGUGGUGUACCUGGUCAAAAUUCCACACCUGCACCCGAGGAGCUGAUGAUUGAAGCAUAUGGUGCUUUAGCAGCCUUAUUCAGAGACUUGAGUAUAACACCAGGUGGAGCCACUGCAUUGGUUGAGACCGGCACGAUACCAGCGUUGGGGCAUUGUGUGACAGUAAUACUGGAUGGAGUCACCGGUGGGCCAUCGCCGGAUACACAGCUUCAAGCAUUGAGGGCGUUGGAUGCUGUAUGGCAUUGCGUCAAGGAUCCGCAAGCCCUUGCAAACUUUCUUCCAGGUACGAUUUCUGGUCUGACAAAGUGUCUCAUGCCAAGCACAUCUACUCGGAGGUCUCGCAGAACGAUUGUCAGUGCUUUGGAAGUUCUGGAGCAUGUUCUCGUCUCAACAUUGAGCGACUUGCGCACUCGAAAUAUCAAAGACAAAGAUGGUGAAGAUUCAAAAGCCGAGAACAAGGUCCUUACCAAGUCAUGGUUGAAAGCGACUGCUGCUCAAAUCAAGCUUGCACUCUCCAAUGUCAUCAGACUUCGUAAACACGAAUCCACCGAUGUUCUCAAAGCCCUCAAUAAACUUUGUCUCACUCUCUUGGACGAGUGUCAUGACACAUUGUCCGAAUCGGCUUCCAUGCUGGUGGAGACAUGUAUGACAUUAGAUGGUAUUGCAGCCGACGACAGCAUGACCAGGAGCACUACACUUACGGAUCUCGCCAUGGUCCACCCCGACCUGUGCGAUUUGAUAAAGGGGACCAUCUAUAACUGGGUUACCAGCUUGCCUCGAGUAAUGCAAUCAAAUGACGAGACGGCCAAGAAUUCUGCAUUGAAGCAACUAUCCAAAGCACAGGAGUUGCUAGUAGGCUUAAAUCUAGAUUCCUCGAUCUUGGAGAAUACUCUAGCAAGCUCACUCCGGGAUAGUAUUACAGUCACCCUGGAAUCAUCACAUGCUCCAAAGGUCUUGCAGGAGACAGAUUUUGAUUUGAAUAGUCAGGCUGCAAUGACCUUAACAACCGACAAUGCUCUUUCAACCAACUUCCACCCGAUCAUAUUGUCAGAAGAGAGUCAAAGGCAGACCCGAGAUCAGCUCACCAAGUUGCUAGCGAGUGUUGGGACGAGACAGUUGCAGAUAGAUAUGGCAGGCGAGAUGCUCGAAUAUGCCCGUGAAGCAUCCGGUCCAAGUCUUAUCUCGGCAUUUUGGCUCUCCUGUCAACUCGUAAGAGUCUCAGCAUCCAAGAACCGGGACCUUGAUGAGUUUUUCAGCUCUACACUCACACUAUCCAAUGAGCAAGAAGCUAUGGAGCAAGAACUUUUCUCAUACUCUCUCUCGAUUCUUUCAGAUCCCGACGAGAGGACAUCUGACUGGCGUCUACAAGCUAUUGCCUUAGAGGUCGUGGCCGAUACUGCACAACGGCUGAAGAAAGGGUUUCGAACGGAACUCGUGGACACACUUUACCCUGUCACACAACUCCUUGGAUCACCGAAUGCCAGGUUAAGGGAGCAUGCUAUUACCUCACUCAACAUAAUUUCUAGGGCAUGUGAAUAUGCCAAUGCAAGCGAUAUGAUUGUCGACAACGUUGACUAUAUGGUUAAUGCAAUUUCCUUAAGACUUAAUACUUUUGAUAUAUCGCCACAAGCUCCUCAAGUCUUAGUAAUGAUGAUCCGACUCACAGGACCAUCUUUAUUACUUUACCUAGAUGAUGUGGUGGGGUCGAUAUUCGCUGCGUUAGAUAACUUCCACGGUUAUCAACGCCUUGUCGAUAUAUUAUUCUCCGUCCUAGGAGAAAUUGUGACCGUAGGCUCGAAAUCGGGCCAACUUCAAAUAGAAGGUGGACCUGAUAUUGAUCAUCGGAAAACCGGAACACAAAUCCCCACCAUCCAAGAGAUCGUCGAGAUGAUCAAGAAGAAGUCGAAGAUCGAAGAGGAACCUCUUCCUCAUGAAGAUUUCCCCAGAAAGCCUUGGAAGGAUGCAAAGACGCUGCUCGAUGAAGCAGAUGCUUCGAAAGAGGGCGAAGAACAGGAACAAGAAGAGGAGACAGGAGAAGUCCAAAAAGCUCCACCAACGAAAGUCUACUCCAUGGUCCAGAGCAUCGCACGUCUCGGCCAACACUACCUGACGAACCAAUCGCCCGUCCUACGGGCGAGAUUACUCGGUCUCGUCAGUACAGCCUGUAGAGCGCUGCACAACAACGAAGACGAGUUCCUGCCUCUCGUCAACGACAUCUGGCCCGUUGUGAUCAAGCGCCUCUACGACGAGGAACCGUUCGUGGAGAUUGCCGCUGCAGACGCAGUGGCGGAGAUCUGCCGAUGCGCAGGCGAUUUCAUGGCCACUAGGAUCCAGACUGAAUGGCCGGAUUUGAUGAAGAAGACGCGGCAAGCCCGAGCGAAGGUGUUGGCUGAGAGAAAGGGAUCAGGGGGCCGAGGCAUAUUCUCGCAGGUCAACCAGGUUUGGGAGAGCUUGGUGAGGCUUAUGAUCGCGAUCGCUGAGUAUGUCCGGAUGGAUGACGAGAUGUUCGAUGACGCUGUGGAGCUUCUUGCAGAUCUAAUACCGACUCGCGAGGAUGUUCGUGAUGCUCUCUCAGUGGUGAAUGGAGAUACAGUGUGGUUAGCCAUGCAGAUGGCUGGGAAGAACGAAGAAGUUGAGAGGCCUGUGUUAGCUGGAUAUAAAUUCUCGGCAUUAGACAUAUUAGUAGCAAAAUGA